ACACUCUUUCUCUUCCUAUUCAAUUGUGUCGCUUUCCAAGUUUCUCGCGGUCCAGUUCCAGUUAAACAAUUUCCUUUCUCGGUUUUCAUGUCAUUCACGUCAACAAAACAAAAUCAACCGAACCAAUCCAGAUUAGGAGAAAACAACAACAAUUAACAAAAACAAAAACCAUUGCAUGAGAUAGAUAGAAAGUUAGAAACCGAACCGAAUCGAGGAUGGGGUGGGUGGCGAAUCGGUGGACGGGCGUCGCCGCCGCCAUAUGGAUCCAGUGGAGCUGCGGCGCAUCGUACACCUUCAGCAUCUACUCCUCCGUGCUCAAGUCCACGCAGGGCUACGACCAAUCCACGCUCGACACCGUCUCUGUCUUCAAGGACAUCGGCGCCAAUUUCGGCGUCCUCUCCGGCCUCCUCUACUCCGCCGUCGUCCCCUACACAACCCACCGCGCCUCCGCCGCCGCCAAGUCCAAAUGGGCAUCGCUCGGCGGGCCCUGGGUCGUCAUCGCGGCCGGCACCGUCCAGUGCUUCGCGGGCUUCAUCUUCAUCUGGGCCUCCGUCGUGGGCCUUAUAAGCCCGCCGCCCGUGCCGGUCAUGUGCUUCUUUGCGUGGCUCGCGUCCAACGGCCAGACCUUCUUGAAUACCACCAAUGUCGUCACCGGCUUGCGCAAUUUCCCCGAGUACAGCGGCACCAUCAUUGGUAUCAUGAAGGGAUUUCUUGGACUGAGUGGAGCUAUCUUGAUCCAAAUUUACCAUACGUUUUUUGAUGGGGACCCAGCAACAUACCUUUUGAUGCUUGCAGCGUUGCCUUCAUUCAUCUGCGUGUUGCUUAUGUUCUUGCUGAGGAUAUAUGAAGUGCAUGGCAGUGAUUACAAGAAGCAUUUGGAUGGUUUCUCUGUGGUUACUGUGAUUAUUGUAGCCUAUCUCAUGUUCAUAAUAAUUUUACAGAACUUAGUUAGUUUACCAUACUGGGGACGGAUGUUUGCAUUUGUGAUUCUUAUGGUUCUGCUAGCAACGCCUUUUGGAAUUGCUAUCAAGGCUCAUUGGGAAGAAUCACGGAAAUUUGCGCAAUCCUACACAAUUGGGAGGAGUUCUUCUACAAAUAAGGGUACUACUUCCUCCAGUUAUUCUGCAUCAGUGGAUCAAGUGGAGUACCAUGAGUUGCCUAGUGAUGAGGGGCAGGAACAAGUGACUUCAGAUGACAAAUUGCCCCGUGAAGAAGAAAAGAACCUCUGGCAAGCUAUGUGCACGGUUGAUUUUUGGAUGUUGUUUGUGAUCAUGAUAUCAGGAUUGGGUUCUGGGCUUGCAACUAUAAAUAAUAUGAGCCAAAUAGGACAAUCCCUUGGCUAUAGUACCAUAGAGAUUAAUAAUUUGGUGUCACUAUGGAGUAUGUGGAACUUCCUUGGUCGUUUUGGAGGUGGCCAUGUAUCAGAUUAUAUCAUGCACAGAAAAGGUUGGCCCAGGCCACUGUUGAUGACAGCAACUCUAGGGAUAAUGAUUCUUGGCCAUUUAAUUAUAGCAUCUGGUUUCCGUGGAAAUUUGUAUUUGGGUCCUGUCCUGGUAGGUAUCUGCUAUGGUGCACAUUGGUCCUUGAUGCCCACAAUCACUUCUGAGAUAUUUGGUGUAAAGCAUAUGGGUACCAUCUUCAAUACUAUUGCUGCAGCAAGUCCUCUUGGAUCGUAUAUACUUUCUGUCAGAGUUGUUGGAUAUAUUUACGACAAGCAAGCCGAUAAAGAAGAUAAUUUGUGCUUUGGCAUCGACUGUUUCAUGCCCUCAUUUUUUAUCCUGGCAGGUGUAGCUCUUCUUGCAUUUUUGGUUGGUUUGGCAUUGUUCUUCCGGACCCGAAGGUUCUAUAAGCAAGUUGUGCUUAGAAGAUUAAAACAUUAUGCAAGAUGAUGAAGAUUGUAUUUGCCUGCAUUUCAACUCUAGGUAAAGGCUGAGGAAUAAAUAUAAUUAUAUUAAUGCAGUUUUCUAGAGGUUGUCUAUGAAGAUGAUUUGAAUUGUGUAUUUUACAUGUUAUAAGAGAAAUGUACACAGAAUUAAAAAAAAAAAAGCUAUGCAGUCCACUCAGUUAUAAUCACCAUUAUGUUUGAUUAUGAACAUAGAUUCCAACUUUUCAGAAGGCAUUUCAUUUUAUUUUAUUUUCCUUUCCAAA